GUUUCGAUCAAGCUUGUAUUUAACAUUGAUUAUUUAUUCGAUUCACCAGUUAGUCAGUUGUAACUAAACUUAAAAAAAUGGAUGCCAUACUAAAUGGGAUACUAACUUCCCAGCAUCCUGAUGCUUUAAAGAAACAACUAAUCACGAAAGUAACAGAAAACAGCUCCAAGCCUCAGCCAGUACGCGUGAUUCGAUCUGUGCUAGAGAUCUCCUCAUCAUGGUUUCUACAGGGAGAAUCGGACAUUGCAUUGACGGAGGGUUUACAAGUGUAUAUGUCAUGGGCAAAAUACAAUCUUACAACAUUUGAAGCUUUCUUUGACAGGGAAUUUCUGCUCUCUCUAUUUUCUUAUAAAGGUAAACAUGAGGCUAAUGCUGUACUUCUGCUUGAAGUCAGCAUGGAAUUGCUUCAGAGGUCUUCAUCUUACUCGGCACAUGUCCAUGUGGUCGAGGCGAAGGCAAUCAGUUAUGUGAGAGAACAUCCAUCUAUUGACUGCUUAACUAACUUUGUUAACUUCUUAUUCAAAUUCAAGGAGUGUUUACCAAAAGGUGACUUUGUUUCAACUUUCUGUGUAUCCCUAAUAAACUCAAUGAGUCUUUGUUCUAUUUCUGAGGACUCAGGGCCUGAAAAUGUCAUUGUGUACAUUAGGAAUGUGGAUAAAAUUUGUUCUCUUAUUCAUAAUUUAUGGAACAAUGCUGACUCUGAAGUGAUUCUAGAAUCACUAAAAGCCAUUUUUGGAUUAAUAUCAGCUUUAGAAGAAACAGAACCUUCAAUUUGUUUGGGUGCAGUUGUGCGGAACAUCCCAGAGGAAAUGAUUGAAAUUAUUGUGAAAUAUGCCAUAAAUUCAGACAUUGACAGUGCAAGAAUGACAACAGCACUGCAAAGAGUGGUGGAUUGGGUUCAGUGGCCGACGGCUACUAAUGUUCACUUGUGGAUAGUCAGGUUUUUCCGGAGUCUGGCCAUGGCCAAAAAGUACAGCAUUCUCAUAAAAGUCACAGAAAAUAAAAUUGAACAGGUCUGUCAUAAUCUAAAGUUUGUGGCUGUCAGGGAUGGAGCAAUGAGUGUACUCACCCAGAUGUUACUAGGGUUUCAACACUCACCUGAGCCUUUUCACAAGAUAUUGCCUGAGAUAGUGAAAGUGAUAGACAUCUUGAAAACUGAGAAUGAGACUGUAUUGAAGCAGCUCUCUGAUCUGUUACACUGUUGCUUCUUUCUCCACGCGGGAUACCCAGACCUGUAUGAUCCGAUAUUGGAGGCUCUAAAGGGAAUUCCAGCCCCUAGUGCAGAGGAAAUAAAAUCUCGUUUGGAGGCAAGUCAGUGGCUGACCCAGAAAUCAGGAGCAUCGAAAUAUGUGUCCAAAGUCACUCAGAGGUCAGAGACUGGAAAGACAGGGCUCUUUAACCUGGGAAACACCUGCUUUAUGAACAGUAUUAUACAGGCCCUCUUUAUGUGUGACAGCUUUAGGAGGGACACACUGUCAUACCAAGCCACCGCAGAGCAGCCGGUCAUCUCCCAACUACAACAGGUGUUUGCUUUCCUCAGCCAAACACGGAGACCUGCCUAUGCCCCCAUGACUUUCUCCAGAAUGUCACGACCCAGUUGGUUUGUGGCGGGCCAUCAACAAGAUUGCUCCGAAUAUCUCAAGUACUUACUGGACCAAGUCCACGAGCAGGAGCGAUCACGUCAGAAAAAGGAGAAACUAGCUCAGGAGUCAAAAAGUGCCAACGAUGGCAACCAAACUGAUACAGAGACAGCUACUACUGUAGAUAGUUCCAAGAAGUCACCUGUGAUACGAUCUUUGAUAGAGGACCAUUAUGGAGGGAUGAUGGUGACUACCGUGACUUGUUUAACCUGUAAAACCAAGUCCUCUCGUACAGAGGAAUUCAAUGAUAUCCCGUUAGCCUUUCCGGAGUAUAAGCCGAUAGUGAACCAGGACAAGGGUGAUGAGUCUGAUACAUUGCCUAAUACAAAGUGUUUACACCUUAAUGACCUGCUACAACAUUACCUGAAGCCAGAGAUGUUGACCGGGGACAAUCAGUACUUCUGUGAUAAAUGUGGCUCACUUCAGGAUGCAGAGAGGAAAAUCUCCAUCACUCAGCCCCCUGAACAUUUGAUCAUCUCCCUACUAAGGUUCUCCUAUGAUCCGAAAAUCCAUGCCAGGUCAAAGAUCUUUCAAGAGGUCAAAUAUCCACGUACCCUGAUUGUACCCAAGGAUCAGACGUCGGAGACGAGGAGUGACAACCCUAGGCGGUCACUGAGGAGUGCUGUGUCCCGCCAGAUAGAAAAAUGUGGGGUGAACACCACAAAGGGGGAGGUGUAUGGACUUAAUGCAGUUGUGGUACACUCAGGGACUUCCUCAGAGUCGGGCCAUUAUUACACAUAUGCCCGCCAUUCGCUGUUCCAGGAUCCAGAGGCUGUGAUGGAAAAUCUGUCGGAGUGUACAGAUGAGGACAACAUAGACUUCCUCCAGGACAAGUGGUACUCGUUCAAUGAUAGCCGUGUGUCGUACGCUCAGUACAGCUCCUUCUGUAGUGUCACUCAACGCUUCACGAAAGACACGGCCUAUGUUCUCUUCUACAAGAGAAUCGAUCCCCAGAACAGUGAGAACGAGGGAGUGGAUCUCAAUAAGUCUAUAAAACCAGCAGAAGUAGAUCCUCCCCUUCAAGACAGACUGAGACAGCUGGUCAGCAAAGAUAAUGCUCAAUACCUACAGGAACAGGAAAUGUCCGAGCUAAAGCGUGCUUCCAGGAAGAGGCCGGUCUCCCAGACCACGUCUUCAUGGUUCUACAAACCAGACGAGGAUCAGGGACCCCCUGGCAGCUGUGGGGGGUCCUCAUUCGACAGUAGCGGACCAAGAUUUGUGUUUUAAUCAGGACUUUUGCAAUGUUUUUAUAAAUUAUGCUUAAGGUAGAAUUAGCAAAUUCUGUGUUCUUGGUGCCAACUUUUUCUCCCAUUAGUACAUGUACUAAUGCUCACAAAUUUAUUUUCAAAACAUGUUUUUUCCCCAUUAGAUAUUAUUUUGAUUUUCUAAAAUGAUACAUUUAGUACCGGUAUUCAAUUCAUUAAUGAAAUAUCAAACCAAUUAUUGCUGAUUACGUUACUGGUACUUGCCAUAAAGCCUGUAUAUAGUCUAGUUGCUUCUUCUACAUGUUACGGUGAUCAUCACAUGCUUUGCUACAUGUGUUUAGUUUUCUUGCUUGUUUCCAAGGAUUGCUUAUGGACUGAAUUUUAAUUGAAAACAAACCAGUGUGUCUGUGAUAUUAUGUUAGCCUGUUCAUUAUUGCUAUAUGUUUCUGUCCAUCAUCGUUCGUCAGGCGGCCACUUCAGGACAUCAAGCAGUCAAACUGUUGGCAUAAUUGUAAUAAGCAUUAAGCUCCUUAUCAAAAUUGUAAAAAUUAAUGGCAUCAGGGGUUCUGGCACAGGGGUGGGGUUGUUGUGUUAGAGUGGGGCUCUAAUGAUUAUAUACUUGUGAAAAAGCAUUAAAUCUUUUAAAAUCUUCAUUGCUCCUGAAUAUUAAGCAGAUGAACUAAAUGUAUAAGUACAUGUAUAUAGUUAAGAUAAGGAAGAGUGCCUCUUCCAAAAUCGUGAAGUUCAUGGCCCAUGGGUCAGGGGUUCUGGUGUUAAGGUGGGGCUUUAAAUGAAUGCAGUAAUUCUUUUAAAAUCUUCUCCUCUGCUACUGAGUAUUAAUCUAAUGAAUUAAGUGCCUCUUCCAAUUGAAUUUCAUGGGGUUCUUGUGUUAGGGUUUGGCUCUAAUGAUUAACUGAUUAUUUUUUUGCACUUAUGAUUUGUUUAAUUAUGUCACUACGUAAUGCUACAGUUUUGAAAAUUUUUUUUUAGAAUUUAUAAAGAUUUUUGGAUAGAACAAUUCUGGAAUAAUAAAACUGAUUUAAUUACCCCUGUUAUUAUAAUACACAUCAACAUACAUUGCAAGAGCCACACUGCAGUUACUCAGGUGACUGAUACGGCCCAAGGGCCUCUUGAUCUUGUUAAGGAGCCUGUAUCGUCCCUGUCAUAUAUCAGUAGUUAUAUCUCAUAACUGAGUUUCUGCUGUCAAAUAUCAUCAUUUGUUAGUUCCCCUGAAGGAGGCUUUUAUGGUUUAUAAUCAGCAGUUAGCUUUAUUCUAUGAAGUCUUUUUCCCAUAUUUCAGCAAACUGCUUUAUUGGUGCAAAUUAAUCUAUAUUUAGCAUGAAAUGUAUUGAUGCAAUUACAUAUACUGGUAUAUUAAACUUUAAAUUGCAACAAAAUACUUGUUUUUACUUUAGG